AUGUCUUCUACUCCGCCGCCCGCCGAGAAGGUCGAAGACGUUCCUGCCGCUGAGAACGCGCCUGCUGCUGAGGCAGCCGAGGUCGCCGACAAGGGCGCUGAUGCUCCCAUUGAAGAGUCAUCUACGAAGGAGGAUGAGCCCUUCAAGAAGACCGAGGAUGUUCCUGCUGAGGAACCUGUGAAGGAGGACAAGUCCGAGGAGUCCGCCGCGGCAGCUGAGGAGAAGUCCGAGGAGAAAGCUGAAGAGCCCGCCACGGAAAAGAAGGAGGACGAUAAGCCUGCGCCGGCCCAGGAAAAGGCGACCCCUGCGAAGCGGACGCCUGCUAAGAAGCAAAAGUCCGACGCGAACGACAGCGCGCAUGAGGGCAACUACCAGCCUGGUGACGUUGUCAUGGCCAAGAUCAAGGGUUUCCCCUGGUGGCCGGCAAUGGUCGUUACCGAGGCUCAUUGCAUUCCCAGCGUCCUUAAGGACAAGCCGAGGGGGUCCAAGACUGUCUUCCCUACCAUUUUCUUCCCCGUCACCAACAAGGAGUACUGCUGGCCCAACAAGUCCGAACUUAAGCCUCUUCCCAACUCUGAAAUUGACAGCUUUGUCGACAAUACUGGCAAAAAGCCUAAGGACAUCCUCGCCGCAUACAAGAGUGCCCGGAACCCCCCUUCGCUUGAAGAGCUUGAAGAAAUCAUCAAGAAGGCUAGUGUUGCUGCUACAGCUCCGGUCGAGGAUGAGGACGAGGGAAUGGAGGAUGCUGAAGAAGCCGGCGAGGACUAUGAAGAGGAGGAGGAGGGUGAGGUGAAGAAGAAGACCAAGGCCAAGGCCACUCCCAAGAAGAAGGCCCCGGCCAAGAAGGGAGAGGCUACUAAGAACAAGAGAAAGAGCGAGAGUGAAGUUGAAGACAGCGCCGACGAGGAUGAAAAGAAGGUUGCGAAGACCCCUGCGAAGAAAGCCAAGACCUCCAACGGAUCUGCCAAGAAGACAGCGUCGUCAAGAAAAGCUUCAGCUGCCUCAAAGGCUGCAGCUGCAGAUGGUGAUGACAAUGAGGAGGAGGUCCCGCCUACUCCCACCACCCAGCCCUCUGCUCAGAGCAUUGCCGACAAGCUUCAGAAGGAUGUCCUAUACCUCCGACACAAGCUCCAGAAAGCUAUGCUUUCCAAUGGUCAAGAACCCAAUGACUCUGACAUGGACGAUGUUAAGGGAUGGCUUGGUAAGCUCGAGGCUAUCGGAAAAAACAUGACCAGCGCUGUAUUCAGCCACACCAAGGUUCACAAGGUCCUUCGACGCAUCACCAAGCUCUCUGCCGUCCCCCGUGAUGAAGAUUUGAAGAUUAGGGAUGUUUGCCAGAACCUCCUUGAUCAGUGGAAAGACAUUAUCCCCGGUGACUCGGACAAGAAGGAAGAGUCCGCUCCCGCUAAUGAGUCCCAGGACAAGAAGGAGGAAAAGACGGAGCAGUCAGCUGAGCCUUCCGAAGGCGCGGAGAAGAAGGAGGAGUCUGCCAAGGAGGCGGCCGAAUCGGGUGAUGUCGACAUGAAGGAUGCUCCCGCCGCUCCUGCGGAGGAGGAGACCAAGAUGGAUGUGGUUAUGCCAGCAGAGGAGGAGGCUGGUUCUACGGAGACUAAGGAAGGUGAGACUGCGCAAGCUUGA